AUGGGUGGAAGUGUGAGCAAGAGUGGGAGGAGGAGUUCUGAGAAAUAUGUGAUGAAUUUGAAGGAGAAAGUGAGGCUCUUGCAAGAGGACAUAAAGGAGAUGAUGUAUGAGAGGGAGAAGGAGAGUAGGAGCUACGAGAGGGAAAUAAUGGUGUUCACUUUCAAGGAGGCAGAUUGGAAGCAGGAGGGGAAGAGGCUGAGGGAGGAGGUGAAGCAGUUGAGGAGUUUGGUGGAAGAGAAGGAUGAGAAGAUAAGGGAGAUGGAGGUUGGAAUGAUGGAGAAGAACAGUGAGAAGGAGUGGGAAUUGAUGGGGACUAAGCUCUUGGUUGAGCAGAUGAAGGAGGAGAGAGCAAGGAGAGAUGAAGCUGUGGAGAAAUGGAAGAAACUUUAUCUUGAAAUCAAGACAGAGCUUGAUGAACUCAUUCAAAGAACAUAUGAUGGGGAUGGUCUGUAUUGGAAAGCAGAGGAAAAUGACAUCCAAAUGGAAAAUCUGAGGAAGGAAUUGCAAGAAAAGGAGGAAACUAUCAAGUCCUUAAAAUCCCAAUUGCUUUCAAUGGAGAAAGAGAAGUACAAAAAGGAGAGGGAGUUUGACUUGUUAAGGCAAAGCCUGAGGAUCAUGAAUGGCAAGAAGAAUUCAAUUCAAACAAAAGAGAAGCUCUUGAAGAGCAAAUUGGGAAAAUGA